AUGACUGAGCCUGAGAAUUUUGAGGAGGAUCUUUUCGCCGACCUUUACGAUGACGAUACUCCGUCAAAGCCAGCCGCCGCUCAGGAGCCAGCUGCAGCUCCUGCUCCCGCCCCUGCACCUGCACCCGUCGAAGCCCCCGUCCAGACGAUCGAGACACACUCAGAGCUGCAGCCUUCAGCAGAGCAGGAUCACAGCAUCGAUGACCAGAUGAAGUACGAAGAGGAUGACGACGAUGAUGAGGUGGACUUCAAUCUCGGCGGCGGCAGCAGUGGUGGCGGCAUGGCCUCCCACGCGCCUCCCUCAAAUGGAAUGGGCGCAGUCAAACAUGAGGAGCCGACGUACUCCACAAGCACGGCCAAGAAUCCUAGUGCCAAGGAAGACGGAAAAAUGUUCAUUGGUGGUUUGAACUGGGAGACAACCGAUCAAUCCCUGCGAGACUACUUCUCCCAAUUCGGUGAAGUCGUGGAGUGCACCGUCAUGCGCGACAGCAGCACCGGACGGUCCAGAGGUUUUGGCUUCCUCACUUUUAGGGACCCCAAGACAGUGAACAUCGUGAUGGUCAAAGAACACUUUUUGGACGGCAAGAUCAUUGAUCCAAAGCGAGCUAUUCCUCGCGAUGAACAGGAAAAGACGAGCAAAAUCUUUGUUGGCGGCGUUAGCCAGGAAACGACGGACCAAGAAUUCAAGGAUUACUUCGCGCAGUUCGGCCGCGUUGUCGACGCCACCCUUAUGAUGGAUAAGGACACCGGCCGUCCCCGUGGUUUCGGUUUCGUCACAUUCGAGAGUGAGGCAGGCGUGGACGCGUGCCUCAGCACCAGUCUUGAGAUUCACGGAAAGCCGAUUGAGGUCAAGAAGGCCCAGCCCCGUGGCAACCUUAGAGAGGAAGAGGAGGCGGCUCGUCGCGGAGGCAAGUUCCGCAAGGGCGACGACAGCGCCAGCCAGGGCGGCAUGGGAGGCGGCCAAAUGGGAGCUGCUGGCGGAAUGACUCCGCAAGUCAUGGCCCAGUACUUCCAACGCAUGCAACAGGCGUUCGCAAUGAUGCAGCAACAGAUGGCCAUGAGUCGUGGUAUGCCGAUGAACCCCGCCAUGAUGCAGCAGAUGAUGCAGAUGCAGCAAAUGCAGCAAAUGCAACAGCAGAUGAUGGGCCGCGGCGGAGGUGGCAACGGACAGAACAUGAUGGGCAACAUGACGCCUCAGAUGAUGCAGCAGAUGCAGCAAAUGCAACAGCAGAUGCAGCAGCAGAUGGGACCGCAGAUGGGACAACAGGGCGGAUCACCUGGGGGCCCUAGUGGCGGCUUCAGUCCUCAGCAGCAGAUGUUCGACCCGUCUCAAGGAGGUCAGCCGCAGCAGGGACACGGCGGAUCGCGACGGGGCGGCAGCACCGGUAGCGGCGGUGGGCGGGACCAGUACAACCAGGGCGCCUACGCCAUGGGCGGCGGAGGCGCUCCGACGUCCUGGGAGGGCAUGUACGACGAUGUUCCGCAGCCCAAUAUGAACCCGGGCGGCGGCCGUGGCGGAGGUUUCAACCGCGGUGGUCACCGGGGCGGACAUCAGGGCUCGCCGGAUCCUGCACAUGCCCCGCCCGCGAACGCUCCCACGGGACCCAAGAACGCCGGCAAACCUGGCGCCAACUAUCGCGGAGGCGGACGCAGCAGCAAUCGUGGCUUCCACCCUUACUCCCCCCUGGGAACCGCCCUCGACUGGCCGGAUGCGAAGCAGCGCGCCGAUCAGGUCCGGGAGUGGGGUAUCAAGCAACUCUUGGAGAUAUGGAACAAGGCGAAGGGAAAAGAGCGCGAUGCCAUGUUAUGGGGAGACGAAGUUGAAUAUCUCGUCGUAACCUACUCCAAGGAUGAGCCCAAGGUCCGUCUAUCUCUGAGACAAGCCGAGAUUCUCACAGCGCUCGCCGAGAGCCCCGACCUCGCCAAGGAAGGAGGCUGCGUGCCGGAGCUGCAAGAUGUGGCCAGAGAGUCCUCAACAACCCUCCCCGUCUUCCACCCGGAAUUCGGCCGCUUCAUGCUCGAAGCGACCCCGGGUAAGCCCUGGGGCAUCGGCUUCAAGGAACUCCUCGACGUCGAGCCCGACAUGAAGCUCCGCCGCAAGAUCGCAAAGGACCACAUGCACUCCAACGAGUACCCCAUCACCCUCACCACCUUCCCCCGCAUCGGCUGCCCCGGCGACUUCACGGAACCCUACUACCCGCCCUCCGGCCCCAAGCUGCGCUCCCAGUUCGUGCCCGACGAGAUCGCCAACCCGCACAUCCGCUUCCCUACCCUCGCGGCCAACAUCCGCUGGCGCCGCGGCCGCAAGGUCCAGGUCAACGUCCCCGUCUUCCACGACAGGAACACCCCCAACCCGUGGAAGGACCCCACCGUCGACUACGACAUGCACAACUGGCCCGAGGACGACGACGUCCGCAACGGCGCCGCACCGGACAACUUCAUCCACAUGGACGCCAUGGCCUUCGGCAUGGGCAGCUGCUGUCUCCAGAUCACCUUCCAGGCCAAGAACAUCACCGAGGGCAGGAAGAUGUACGACCAGCUCAGCCCACUCGGCCCCAUCCUCCUCGCCCUGACGGCGGCCACGCCUGUGUACAAGGGCUUCCUCGCCAACACCGACGUGAGGUGGAACCAGAUCAGCAGGGCAGUAGACUGCAGGACGCCGGAAGAGCUCGGCGAGAAGCCCCUGAAAAACGACCGCUGGCGCAUCCCCAAGUCUCGCUACGCCUCCAACUCGACCUACAUCUCGACGGACCCGCGCCUGCGCGACGAGUACCUCUACCCGGACCUCGUCAUCGACCACGACAUCAAGGCGAAGCUGAUGGCCGGCGGCAUGGACGACCGCCUCGCGACGCACUUCGCCCACCUCUUCAUCCGCGACCCCAUCGUCGUCUUCGAGGAGGACCUGCAGGAGCUCGACCUGUCCAAGACGGACCACUUCGAGAACCUGCAGAGCACCAACUGGCAGCACAUGCGCUUCAAGCCGCCCCCGGCCGACAACAGCAUCGGCUGGCGCGUCGAGUUCCGCCCCAUGGAGAUCCAGCUCACCGACUUCGAGAACGCCGCCUUCUCCGUCUUCAUGGUCCUCGUCACCCGCGCCAUCCUCUCCUUCGACCUCAACUUCUACAUCCCCAUCACAAAGGUCGACGAGAACAUGGAGCGCGCCCACAACGUCGACGCCGUCCUCAAGGACAAGUUCUACUUCCGCAAGAACCCCUUCUCGAGCCGGCCCGGGCGUCAGGGAGGCGGAGGCGGAGGACCCGGGGGAGACGGCUCGCGCCCGGGGUCCCGGCCCGGGUCCGCCGUCCCGAGCAGGCCGCCCACGCCGGUGCUCCCGGUCGAGGACGAGUACGCCGAGAUGACGGUCAACGAGGUGAUCAACGGCAGCGCGGACGGCGAGUUCCCGGGUCUCAUCCCGCUGGUCGAGAGCUACCUCGAUGGCGUCAACGUGGACGUCCAGACGCGCUGCGAGCUCGACACGUACCUGCGCCUCGUGAGCCAGCGCGCCAGCGGAAAGCUGAACACGGCGGCCCGGUGGCUGCGCGAUUUCAUCGACGUCCACCCCGCGUACAAGCACGACAGCGUCGUCGGGGAGGAGAUCCAGAAGGACAUCGUCGCGGCCGUGAUAGCCAUCGGCGAGCGGGAGACGGCCGGAAAGGGCUUCAACGGGCUGGACAUCUACGGUCUGCCGAAGCUGCUCGGCGACUUUAGGAGAGGAGGAUGCGGAGGUGCGUAA